UAAAUAAAUAAACAUCAGAAUGUAUGUAUAAUAUAAAGAAUUUCGUGUGUAGUUAGGGAUAGUGCCAAUAUAAUAUUCAGUUUUUAUUGUUUUGAUGUUUUCGAAAUGGAAAUGCCUGUAAAAUGAAUAAAAAUGCGACCAGCGGUGGUAACAAUAUGGGUGUUUAUAAACCUCCUCUUUUUCGGUAUGUGUGGAUACAUGUAUGUUCUCUGGUCACAAUAUUGGCUGUAUAUGGUAGGAGAAGUCAAUCCAACACCAUCCCCUUAUGAUCAGCAGAUCUACUUCUACAACCAUGGUUUUAUGCCUACGGAAAAGUUCAUUGCCGUACAUAAAUACAACGAAGAAGCCAAAACACGCACAAAAAAACACCUCAAAGAAAAUUCAACAAUAACAGUCAUCAAGGACAGCAAGCCCAGGUUUGCAAACGUCAGAAAUUCAAAUUUCGAGUUGGAUACGAAGAAAUACAGGUGCAGAAGAAACACAAAUGGCGCUACGUGCCUAUCUAGGACGACGGAUUAUAAGGAGAAGCUUUUGAGAGAGUUCAGAAGAGUGAUCUUGGACGAAAGUAGUGCUUUCAAGUCUGGCUCGGAAAAUCCCUACAAUGUACAAUAUGAAGGACCCCGGGAAAGCGUCGAGAGCAAGGAUUCUGAGGGAGUUUUGUGUGAGCUGAAGCGUGUGCAAUUUGGCACGUUGAAACGUUUGGAUCUGCCUGUUGAAUCCUACCUGAGGCCUUAUUUGCCAAAGAGAGGAAUUUUCGAGAAUAAAUUUUUCAAUACUUGUGCCAUCGUUGCCAGUUCAGGUGCUCUGUAUGGCUCAAAUCUUGGGAAAUUCAUUGAUUCUCACGAUCUCGUAUUGCGCUUCAAUAACGCUCCUACGACGCAUUUCGAAAAAGAUGUUGGUAAAAAAACUACGAUACGUGUUUUGAACUCUCAAGUGGUCACCAAGAAAGAGUUUGACUUUCUAACAUCGAGCCUUUACAAAAAUGUAACUCUAGUAGCUUGGGAUCCGAGCAAUUAUUCUUCGGAUUUAGAUGAAUGGAUUCGUAAUCCCGAAUUUCGGCUUUUUGACAACUACAUAGAGCAUAGGAAAACCGUGGAGAAAUCACGGUUUUACCUGGUGGAUCCAAGGUCAUUGUGGGGCCUUUGGAGGUUUUUACAGAGGAAUUCCAUGAGUAGGCUCAGGAAAAAUCCGCCUUCUUCAGGUUUCUUGGGUCUUAGACUCCUUUUACCAAUUUGUGGUUUCGUUGAUCUGAUUGAAUACAUUCCUUCAACCAGAGUGACCAAAAAAUGCCACUAUUACGACACCGACGACAACGCAGCCUGUACAUUUGGAGUGUGGCAUCCUCUUGCAGCAGAAAAACUUAUAACGUAUCAUUUGAACCUCUUGAAUGAUACUCAAGUAUUCCAACAGGGAUUUGUGAGAAUUCCUGGUUUCCAAAAGACGAAUUGCUGAUUUCGAGUUGACCUUAAUGUUAUAUGGUUAUGGAGUUCAAGUGGUUUUUAAAUAAUUUUGAAUAAUUGGACAAUUUCCUGGGUUCAGUUGUAUUAAUUCAAGGGCAUAAUUCCUUUCUUCUUUUUCCCUUUUUCCUUUCUUACAGACUUAUAUUGUUGUUGUGUUUUUCACUGGCGGGAAAAAAAAAUUAAAUGUUGAUAUUCAGAUUACUUAGAUAUUUUGUUUCUCGCAGUAAAUCAACCCUUGAAAUUAUGAAUUGCACUGAGGAGACGCGCUGAACGGGAAAAUAUACUCAAGACGUUAUGGAAAGUAAAUUGAGCAAUAAAACGUUGAUAAGGUGAAAUUUCAUGAUCUAAUCUAUUUCCAACUUCGUCUGGCUGUAUAACAAUUUCAUUAAUAAAUAUCUAUUCAUUUCGAAUAACGACAGUUAUGUCAUACAUUUCAAAAACAUCUCAACUAUAUUAAAGUUUACGAAGAUUUGGUUCAGAUGAAGGUUGAGGAUAGUUUCAGUGAAAAAUUUACGAAAACUUUUUGAGUAUCACCUUCUAGUCAUUCUUCUAUUAUUUAUUAUUAUAUUAUUCCUAAAACUAUUAAUUUGUAGAUUUCUCAUAAUGAUGAUCGAUGAAUAUAAGAACCAUUUACUCAUUGACAAACUGUCAAAUGAAUAAAAAUUCAUAUAUAUUCAAUUCACACAUGUUUACGCAAGAAAUGGAAAUCCUUUUAUUUCAAAUUGUUAAGAUAGAAGUUUGAUUAUUUUCACCCUAACUUGCUAUGAUGUUAUAGAUGUCUUGAAAAAUUUACUAUUGAAAGUAAUUCUUUAAUAUUCAAUUCCGAAUUCCGUUUAUAAUAAAUUGAAGAAGUGAAAAAACCGAAGUUGUUGUUGGUUUGGAUAUACAUUGUCAUAACUAUCUGAUAAAUCAUUGUGUUGACUAACUCUUUCACAACUUAUUUGAAGUAUUACCAAAUAUCUUGAAUUUCCUUGUUGCACCACUCUUUUGAAAGUGAAUGUUAUUGUGAUGAUUGUUUUAAUAAAUUUCAUCGUAGAUGAAA